AUCAUUUGUAUAAUAAUUCUGAGAUAAUCAUGUUGCGAAACUCACACCGAAUAUCAAUUUUGCAGCUGACUAUGUAAACAACAUUGAUUCAAUGUUCUUAUUUUUUGGUUAGGUUUAAAUGUUUUCAAAUUUUCUAUCCAAGUCAAAAUGAAAUCUUAGCAUAUUUGACAUCAAAAGUAUAAAAUUCCAAUGAUACCCUAGCACUAAUGUGAUCUAUCUUAUUUUCUUCUAUUUAGAUCAAAAUUUUAGUGUUUUAAAUAUUUUAAGACUCAAUUAAACUACUCAUCUUUGUGAUUGAGGCCAAUUUGUGCGGUAACCAUAUAUUUAAAAGUUCAUCGGAAGCAAUUUUCAAGUUUUUGAAGUGAAUAAUUACCCAACUAUCGUGUUACCUCUAACGAGAAAUAUUUUCAGAUGUACUGCUCUUCAGAUUCCGAAACUAAAUCAAGCUCUGAUUUAUUGGAUGAUGAAGAUGAUUCGCAGUCAAGCUCCUUAAUUAAUCAAUCGAUUGGUACGACCUACGAUAGUUUCAAUCUUCCACCCCGAAUUAAGACUCCAGAUGUACCCUGCGCUAGUGAUCUUCUAGAAUUGGCUGAGCUAGCAGGAGUUCCAAUUCCUCAACGAUUGGGAAGCAUCAUGAUACAAAUGCUGAGCGCAGGAGCAUCACCAAGCGGUGUAGUCUCAGUUUUGAGUUCGAUUCUGAACAACAAACGAGUGAAAAGAGUUCCAAAUGACAUAGCUGGGGACUCCCGUACGAGCACGCCAGCCAGUUGUUCAAGGAGAUUGAACUGCCUUUCCACAGUCACGACCUGUUCAACAGCAUCUGAUUACAGUGUAGCCACCGACUAUUUGGACAGAUGCAAUCUGAUGUCACAAGUUGGAUCACCAAGAAAAUACGGUCACUCAGUGCUCUCAAGUCGAUCAUCAGAGACUGCAAGUACGAAUGAAGUGGUGAAACUCGUUGAUAUGUUGGAGCAGUGGAGUCUGACUGAUGACUGACCAUCCAUCCAAUCAUCACUAAAUAUUAUGAUAGUCCGAAACUAUUGGAAAAAUGAAAAGUUUGUAUAAAUUUGUGUCCUUGUAAAUGUAUUUGUUAUGGUGCUUGUGAAUCAACAAACUAGUAUACCUCAUUUUUAAGGAAAUUGUAUUGCAUUUUUCAUGUAAUAGUUCAGAAUUAUACCUUUAGAUCUAUGAUAUGUCAUUGAACAUUCAUCGGUUUUGACAAAAAAUAAUAAUUCCUCCAAUAUUUUAUUUCACUGCUUUGAUAAAAUUUGUAAUUCCAUCCAAUUAAAAAUAUAUUACAAACUAGCAGGUAACUCGUGCUCCGCAAGGGUACAAUUGGAAACUUGACCUACUGAAAUCUUGAAGAAUUUAAAAUAGGCCUAUAACCAUCCUCGAUAAAUUAAGAAUCUAUAUGCAAAGUUUUGAGUUAAUCAGUCCAGUAGUUCAGACGUAAUGAUGUAUCAUUUGUGAAUCACUCGUCACGUAUGUGUAUAAGCCAGUAAUUUUUUCCUUUAUUAUAUUAUAGAUAAUUGAAACAA